AUGAGCGAAGGAAAUGCAACGCAGCCCACACGUCGCCACUACCCCCAUCUCUCUCGUCUGCCAGUGGCGCACCACAAUUGCAAGGGCCUCCAAAGGGCGGUGCGGAUGGAUUGGUGGUUGAUAGUAAGAACAGCAGCAUCACCGCUAACACACACACACACACGUCGAUACAGUUCAUCGUCGGUACAGCCAUUGCCCAUCAAGGCAUGUGAGCAUACCGAUACAGCGAGUGCAUUGAGCACAGCCCCAUCUGCUCUUUCAGGAGACAAUGCACCCGCACAUGGAGAAGGCGAUGACGGCGCCAUGAGCCGUCCGGGAAAUCGCAGGAGUCCGAGCAGUAUGCGGCACGAGAGGUCUCUGAGUGGCUGGCCGCAAUCCCCUCGUGACGAUGCUGUUUCAGUGGCUCCGUUCCGUGUGCUGUCGCACUCGCAGAUGGCCUCGCAUAACCAGAUGCUGCUGUCCUUUGUCUCCGGUGAGUCACCGGAGGAUGCACCGCAGUCAACAUUCGGGGACUGCCCCGCCACUGGCGAACCGACGCCGCCCCGCAGUGGGUCACCGGUGUCCGCGCUGUGGCGCCGAGUCAACAGUUCCAGGGCUCUGCAUCCUGCUUCCAGCGCGCGCCGCCUGCUGACAUUGUCCCCGCAGAGCCACAGCAACGACCUCAAUGUCUUGGAACGUGGAGACGGCGGCGUCUCGGCCGACUUCUCUAAGGCGUCCGGGUACAGCUUUUCGCCCUUGGAUACCUAUCUGCUGCCGCCGUCGACGGAGUCGCCGCAGCGGCCGCAGCCUCCCCGGCCUGCAAGCAUCGGUCCCGAGUACGCCGUUUUCCGACCUUUGGUGCGCUUUACCUCCAACGGCAUGGCCAGCCAUCACACCACGCUAGAGCAGGACCAAAGUAUUGGCGCAGGUGAGAGUGUUGAGCUCAACGACGGCAGACAGAGUGGGCAUCAAAAAGCUGCAGACGCAUCCAGGCCUGCCUCACUUCACACCAGCUCCAUCGCAGAGUCUGCUAUCACGCCGGCGGCGCGCAGAAAUGCCGCUACCGGUGCCGAGAGAGCACCGCAGCCCCAGCCGGAAGUCCGCCUUCGCCUCCCUGUGGCCAAGGAAGGAGUGGCGCUGUUGAACCCUAUACACAAUGUGCCGCCGCAGGGGGAGUUGCACCGGCUGCUCCGAGUCUACCGCCGCGAGCUGCUGCAUCAGUUUCCUCAAGCUCUGCGUGGUCCUCCACUCGUUGUGAGGCUAGCGGAUGGCGCCGAGGCCAGUGAGACCAUUGACGAAGCCGAGUGUACGAGUGACUGGGAGGACUACACUAACGGUGCCACGAGCGGGGCCGGCCGCGGCGGUCUUCAUCGAUAUCGCACCCCUCUUGCAACCACUGCCGCUGUCGAUGUGCCGACAGUAGAAGUUAAUGCAAGCCGUCCCCACGAGCUGUACAGUCGCCUUGUGAGUGACCCUGUCGGCUGUGCUGUGGAGGUCGUUCACCCUGGCGCGGCGACCGCAUCUGCAGCGUCUUUUAUGCGAUCCUUGAGUGUUCCUUGCAGCACGCGACAAACUGGAGGCCGCGGUGGUUUCCAUGUGAAUCGGUCCUCGGGCGCCGCCGUGCUUGGUGUCUCUCGAGGUAGUUGCCUCAGCGGUGGCGGUCGCUCAGCCUGUGAGGCGAGCUCGAGUCGAAGCAGCAGCCAGGGCAACCCUACUCACGGGGACGGCGCCAUGCCUGUGCCUUCGCGUAGUUGCGCUGAGUUGGUGGCGAACGGCUUCUACAACGCCGAGGCUCGCGAGAACAAAGUGCAACAGGACGAGCUGCAGCGCCGAAGAGCUGUUGCUGAGUACGGAGAAGCGUCGUACUACAGUCUGGAGGCCCCCACGGACGGCACCACACAGAUGAAUGGCUUGCAAAGUCGCUCUAGCGUUCACGUCCUAGGCGUCGCGAAGGCUGCAAGUCUCAGCGACAUCCUGUACGAGGAAGAGCAACAUAUGCAGGGGCUCAUGCAGCUCCCACAGCUGAACUGUGCGCAGUGCGCGGCGGGGUGCAGCGAGCCCGUGCGGCGCCGUAUCUCUGCCUCGGCGAUGGUCUCACCUCAGUCGACGCCAGCAGCGCUACAAGCCUGGAUGCAGCGUAGGUGCCGUUAG